UCCACAGUCUCUCAAGUUCAAACAGCGAAGAGAGAGAUCGACGGACAUCGAAAAGAAAGAGAGAGUGAUAAAUAGAGAAAAGGUGAGGAAUUAGCAGAUAUGACUGAUAGAGCUUUAAAGGUUGGAAUUGUGGGAUAUGGACAUUUAGGCCAGUUUCUUGUUGAGAAGAUCCAAAAGGAAGGGCCUGAGGCAGGACUGCAGUUAGCAUUUGUUUGGAACCGAAAUGCAGACAAACUUAGAGAUUCACUGCCCAAAGAGCUGAUUCUACAUGACCUCUCAGAUUUCACACGCAGAGACACCGAUGUAAUAGUGGAGGUGUGCCAUCCAAUGAUAGUUAAAGAGUUUGGCGUCAGAUUUCUGUCACAUGCUCACUUCCUGGUGGGCAGCCCUUCUGCCCUUUCUGACCCCCAGCUUGAGCAAGAUCUUUGCACUGCUGCAAAACAACAUGGGAAAACACUUUAUGUGCCCAGUGGUGCAUUAUGGGGUGGCCAAGAUAUUCAAAAAAUGAAUGACAGUGGAACUUUACGGGCUCUCUCCAUCCGAAUGUCUAAACAUCCCUCUUGCUUUCGGCUGACUGGUGGUCUGCUCUCUGAUUGGAGGGAGGGAGAGGGGAGGCGGGUCUUGUACCACGGCUCAGUAGCAGAGCUCUGCCCCAUCGCCCCAAAUAAUGUGAACACUAUGGCAGCUGCGGCCAUAGCCGCAUCAAAGCUGGGCUUCAAUGGGGUUACCGGAGAAAUCGUCUCAGACACUACAUUAUCAGACUACCAUAUUGUGGAGGUUGAAGUAACUGGUCCAGAUGGGUUCACAGUGAAAACAGUGAGACAAAACCCCGCCAAACUGGGAGCUGUAACAGGAAAUGCCACAUACAAUUCCUUCUGGAGCAGCUUACUGGUCUGCAAGGGUCAUGGAGGGAGGGUAUAUCUGUGUUGAUAACAGUGGAUUGCUGCAGAAAGUGUACAAAUUAACCGAAGAAAAACACACGAUGUGG